AUGCCUUGUUCAGUUCUCUCCCCUACCCAACAACACUUGCUUUUCUCUGUUCAAAACAUUACACUUAACAAUCCAUUCCCAUAUAAAAAUAGAACCAAGAUUCACUUUCCUCAAAUAAAAACUCAGUCUUUAACCCAAAAAAACUGCAGUUUUUUUCUUGAUAAGGAUAUUAUCAAGAAAGAUGGUGGGUUUCAAUCCAUAUCUGAUUUCAGUCAUCUACUUACAUCUUUGGUUUUAGCAGAUGAGUUUGAGCUAGCCUUAAAACUAAGCUCAUCUUCUUAUGCAGCAUUGACAACAAAUGAAUACACAUACUCAAUUUGGGUCACUUUAUACUGCAAAAAUAAUGACCCUGAAACAGCCAAAUCCAUUUUAACACACAUGUUAAAAGAUGGGUUUCAACCCAAAGUUACCACUUUUACAACUCUGAUUAAUUCUUUUUGUAAAUGUGGGAAAUUAAAACAAGCUUAUGAGGUUUUUGAAGUUAUGGGUAAAAUUGGAUGUGAACCCACAAUUCAUACUUACAAUUGUUUGCUUAAAGGUCUUUGCUUUCUUGGUAGAGUAGAAGAAGCAUAUGAAUUGCUUUUGAAUAUCAAGAAAUCUAAGAAAAAACCUGAUCUUUAUACUUAUACUGCUGUUAUGGAUGGUUUUUGUAAGGUUGGUAGGUCUAAUGAGGCAUUUGAAUUGCUUGAUGAAGCUUUAGAAAUGGGGUUGACACCUAAUGUGGUUACUUAUAAUACUCUGUUUAAUGGGUAUUUUAAAGAAGGUAGACCUUUAGAUGGGAUUGUUUUGUUGAGUAAAAUGAAAGAAAAAAAUUGUGCGCCUGAUUAUGUUACUUAUAACACAUUGUUGCAUGGAUUGUUGAAAUGGGGUGAAAUUGGUGAUGCUUUAUCAAUUUAUAAAGAGAUGUUAAAUCUUGAACUUGAGGUCGAUGCGAGGAUGAUGAAUUCCUUGUUGAGGUUGUUAUGCAGGCGAUCGAGGAAAAAUAAAGAGUUAUUAGAAGAUGUAUAUGAAGUGUUUAUGAAAAUGCGGAGUCGUAGACUAGUUGUGGAUCCUGUUGGUUAUGAGUUGGUUGUUGAAGCGUUUUGUAGUGGUAAUAAGUUGGAUAAAGCUCUGGAGAAUUUGUAUGAGAUUGUUAGAAUUGGGUAUUCUCCUAAGGCUUUUACGUUCUCUAAUGUUAUUCGUGUACUUUGCUUGGAGGGAAAAAUUGACAAGGCAUUAUUAGUGUUUGUUCUUAUGGUGAAAGAUGGAAAAUCUCCUAGUAAAGUUCCAUUUAACUUGUUGAUCAAUGAGCUGAAUCAACAAGGAAUGCUAUUGAAUGCUCGUUACUUGUAUGGUUUAGCAUUGAAAUGUGGGGUGGUGGUGCCAAGAAAUAAACCUGCGGUAUACUUGGCUGGGGACAAGGUCUUCAACUCGGGGAAUGUAUAG